CCGGGUGUGGGGUAAACUCGAUAGGCCGGACCUGUAGCAUCCUUACCCCACAUUCACUCUCUAGCUUUCACCUAGAGUCUUGAACUCUCAGCUGAUCCGUCCCUGUCUCCCACAGACAGACCGUUUGUCUUCUCAUAACAAGUAACUCUUCCGAUCAUGGCAUCUCAUCUUUCGCCCCCGACCGUGGGCGAGCACUUGCUGAUCUCAUUCCCAGAGGAGCACGUGUUGCAUCUGCAGCUCAACCGGCCGAAGCAGAUGAACUCUAUGAACGAUGAGCUCGAAGACGACCUGCGCAAGACGCUCCGGUGGUUCGAAGCGACUCCCACCCUAUGGGUGCUAGUCCUCUCCGGCUCUCCAACCUCAAAGGCAUUCUGUGCGGGUCAAGACCUCAAAGAGUGGUUGAUUAAGCGCGGUACACCUCCGCCUGUGGCCUCCUCGUCCUCCUCUUCGCCCCCGCUCCAGUCCGAGGAGGAGAAGCGUGCUACGCAGCAUCGAAUCCGACACCUAGGCGGCUUUGGAGGUCUCUCGACGCUGCAGUCCACCAAGCCUCUGCUGCUAGCCGUAGAUGGCCUAGCUAUGGGAGGGGGUAUGGAAAUCCUUCUCAACAUGGACUUAGUCUUCGCCACAUCCCGUGCACGCUUUGCUCUACCAGAGGUGCUCCGCGGCGUAGUAGCAGCCCAGGGUGGUAUUCCCCGCUUGCUCAAGCUCGUCGGCCAUGCAAGAGCUAGUGAACUGCUUCUCACCGGACGCACCUUCCAAGCGGAAGAGCUCCGUGAAAUGGGUCUGGUGAACAGCGUCGUGUCGGUAGACAUCAAGGCCAGCCCGGAAGAAGGACAAAAGGCAGUCGUUGCCGAGGCGCUGAAGUAUGCAAAGAUGAUCACCGCUGCCUCGCCCGACUCUGUGAGGGUCACAAAACAGGCGCUGAGGCUCGCAAGAGAUGGAAGUGGGCAUAUUGAUCAGAGUACAUUGCAGAACGUGGAGAGCAAGCAAAGUCGGGGCUUAUAUGCUGGGCGGAACUUCCGCGAGGGACUCACGGCUUUCAAGGAGAAACGAGCUCCAAAAUGGACUGAUCCAAUUAGCUUCGAGCGCAAGGGGUCUAAAUUGUAGCAGCGCAGUGUACAAAAAUUAGGCAUGGCAUUGACCCACUUGACUCUCACGAUCUCUGAGCAUGUGGAAUGUGUGAAUCUCUCCGAGCAUUAAGAGCAGUACUCAGGACCUCCAGCAGGCGCAAUGCUUCGCACCUCUCGUAGAAGGGGUGCUGUUCCGGUACGCUCACGGGCGCGAAGUGUUCCUAAUUCCGGCGAGAUCGGAACGGAAGCAGAAGUGGAGGAGGCGCGGAGCCGAUUUGUCCCUCGAGAGGUCCCAGUCAUGUUUAGAAAUCCAAUCC